GAAUAAAUCAGCCGGCUCGCGACUGCAAACCACGUCGCUGCCUCCCAUCUGGCUGUGGCCGUCUCCGUGGCCGCGCGUCCAUCCUGGUUCCGGCUCCCCGCUCCACCGCUGCGACCUUCGAGUCUCGCUGUCUCCGCGACCGUGCGUCUUCGCACUGCACUGUUGCGUCCUUCAAGAUCCCGACUCCAUCGCUCCAGGCUCCGGCGUUACCAACCGCGAGUUGUCGCUGCUCCACGCCGCGUCCGUCAGGUGACAUAGUUCUCAAUGGUGGAGCAGCUUGCCAUUGGUACUUCAAUCCAACCAUUGAAGAGGCUCAACCAUACUAUAACAGGAUUUCAACACAAGAAAUGGUACUACAAUUGCCGUUGCUUACAAAUGACGACAUUGUUCCAUUUGACGUCCCAAAAUGUCAACACAAAACUACCAAAGAACUACUAGAAUUUGAUCCCUACACUAUACCGAAAGAAGGUUGUGAAUGCACUGUGACUAUUGUUCGAAUUUCUGAAAAAAAUAAAUGGUGGUAUCCACCAUGCACCAAAUGUCCAAAGAAACCAGCAAUGAACCGUAAGACAAUGCAAUGUCGCGAAUGUGGAUCCAUUGACUACUGUUUCAGAUAUAGAUUAAGUUUUAUUGCAUCUGAUGGAACCGCUGAAGCAAAUAUGUUCUGCUUCGAAAAUGUCGCUACAAAAAUUGUUGGAAAAUCAUCAGCUUCACUCUUAGCUUCUGCAGCAGAUCCAGAAAUAACUCCACCGGAUAUUGCAGCUAUUGUCUCCCUCAAAUUUACAUUUGUUGUCACUUACGACAAUGAAUCUUAUGGAGGCCAUAGCAAGAUAUUCCUUAUCAGAUCAAUUCUAGCAACAUAUGGAAGAGACUCUUUACUGCCACAAAUACAAGGAAAUGUGGACAUUACCUAUCCAAACACUCCAAUGCAACUCACAGCUAAAGAACACAAGUCUCCAUCUACAGCAAUGUCAAAUCUGACAACCAACUCACCACCUCAUGCCAAGUGUGUGCUAACGUAUCUUAGCUCACAAACCUCUGCUUUGGAAAAGGAUGACUUUUCAAAACAAAAGGCGCCACAGAUGCCAGAAAAAACUUUAGAGGACUCUAAUCCUACAAAAGCUACUUUUGAAUCUCCACAAAAAGGUUUGCUCUACCAACUUUAGCUCAUACCUUUCAAAACAAUCAUACCUAUGUACACUGCCUAAUUACUAGCCAAAAAAGUAGAUAAUGCUAGACACAUGAAAGUAGUCUUUAAUUGUUUUUUACAAACAAGAUUUGCUUCUAUUAUAUAACUAUAAAUCUUAUUGUCCCUCCUUACCAAACAACUGUUAUUUUCUCUAUUACAACAAUACUUCCAAUAAAACUGCUCAAAUACAAAUCCAAUUAUAAUAACAAUAUGUACAUAGGGAAGCUCUAAUCUUCCCCUCUCUGUUCAUUAAUGAUUUUAAAUGCAAAACUAGAUCUUCUCAAUAUUAAUUAUUUAAUAACAAUAUGUAUUAUGUUACUAGAAAUAUGGUAGUGUUGCUUUUCAUUUCUUUCUUAUUACGCUUCCUUUUUAUUCAUCUAAGUACUACUGAUGGCACUGCAGAUCUCUCAUCUUCUUACUACCUAACGUCAGUACUUUAACAUCUCUUCUACCGAUCAUACAUGAAUACUUCUCUAGCCUAUUCUCCAAAAGAACAACCUCAUCUCAUUUUAGUAUAGCUUUAUUUUGAUGCAACAGAUAUUGAUAUCGACCCUGCUAUCCAGUUACCAUUUAUUCAAUGCCAUAUACUUACCUGAGUUUAAUUUCCUCCAAUAAUUCCUACCUAAUGUUGCUGUACAUUUUUUUCUAAUAUGAAUAUGAAUCUUCAUUAGCAACUUUGUGAUUAAGUAUGUACAUGCUUUCAUAAGUAAGAUACCAUUCUUUAUAUCACUUCUUACAUAAACAACAACGGUCUAUGAGACAAUAAGCUUUGUACAUAGCAUCACUAAAAUUUAUUUAGGUAUAAUAGUCUUAGAAACUAAUUCUGCUUACUGUUUACUACUACAAGUUCAUGUCGUUACAUUCUUCACUACUAAUAUAUCCUAACAACUAUUUUACUACCACUUAUAUGUUAAGAAUCAGCAUGUUCACCAAAUCAACUUGAAAGUACCAGCUUAUGCUACUACACAAGUCUUUUAUUGUUUUUUGCAAACCAGAUUUCUUUAUAUUAUAUAGCUUAAAAAUUUUAUUGUCUCUCCUUACAAAAAAAUUGUUAAUUUUCCUGUUGCAAUAAUACUUCAAACAUAAGUUCUCAAAUAAAAAAAUAUAAUUAUCAUGCUUACAAUUUGCCAAUAAGUACUAAAAUACAUUUUCUCUUAUUUAUUAGGAAAGUAAUAUCCUAUUACAUGCCAUUUAGUUUUAUCUAUACUACCUAUUAAGAGUGUAAUAGUAGUCUGCCGUUCUGCCGUUCUGCCAUCCUGCAACCUCAUCCGUCCAUUCCAUUGUUCUGCAAUUUCAACCGUUUGAUCGCCAGCCGCUCGAUCCC